GAUUGGCCACUGGCUGAAGUAAACACAGAAACACAUGUGAGUUUGUUUUAUGUGUUUUUGUGACUAACACCGCGUGAUCACCCUUGGGCUUUUACAAUUGUUUUUCAUUCUUUCGAAUAAUUUUGUUUCACCAUGGGUGUUGAGAAAAUAUCCAGACUUGGUGAUUGUGAAGUUUGUGGAGCAGCUUCAGCUAAAUAUACGUGCCCAAAAUGCGAAGUGAAAACCUGUUGUCUGGAUUGUGUCAAUAUUCACAAGAAAGAGUUGGAUUGUGAUGGCAAACGAAACAAAGUCAAGUUUUUGCAGAUGAAAAAAUUUUCAAAUUUAGAUCUUCAAAGUGAUUACAUCUUAUUGGAAGAAACCACCAGAGCUGUUGAAAAAUUCGCCAAACACAAAUUAGUCAAGAAUCCUUUGAGAUUUCAAAGUUUUCAACCUUAUUACGCUAACUACAAUCCUAAACAGAAGAGACAGAGAAAUGCUGCUUGGCGCCGAGGAAUCCAAUUGAAGUUUUUGCCCACUCAUUUCACCAAACGCAAAAACAAUUCCUUAUACCAUGAUCAAAAAAAAGAUGUCAUUUUCUUUUGCAUAGAGUGGAUUUUUCCCCAGGCUGAAAAUUUAGUACAUUUUACCAGGAGGAAUGCAGAUAGUGACAAAUUAGCAACGUUAGCAAAUCGAUUUAUGGAUGAAGCAAGUUGCCCAGAUGAACUUAAAGAAAAACUUCAGUUUUAUCAAUCAGCUGGUUUAAAUGGAGUGUCGUUUUUAUUGAAAGCUGAAAAUGUGCCUGGAGAAAAAUUUUUUGAACUUGAUCAUCAAGAGACCUUGCGUUCAAAUUUAACGAGAAAAGUUGUCAUAGAAUACCCCACAAUUCAUAUGGUAUUAAAAGAUCACAAAUACGCCUAUGAGACCAUUGAACCAGAUGAUUACUUUGAAAGCCUCCAAAAGAAGCACGGAGAUGACUCAUCUGUUACUGAGACUAAUAUGGAAGAUGAAAACCUCACAGCUGAAUUCCAAGUGAAAUCAGAACCAUCUCAAGAAGAUUUUGGAGAUCAUGAAACCUCAGACAAUCCUAGCUCUAGUAGACAAGCGGAUGCCAAUUCAAGGUAUUUGUUUUUGUGCGGUGAAAUUGAUUCUGAUGGUGACUGUGACAAUGAAGAAUUAGAAAUGGAAAACGGCUGUGAUAAUUAUCAAGACUCCAGGUGACAACAUAGCAAUUUGGAUUCAGUUGCACAAUUUUAUCCCUGUAAAAACAGUUUUUAACUCAAGUUGUUAAAUGUUUAAAGAUUGUAUGUAUAUAUAUGUUUUUUUAUGUGACGUGAAUGUUUUAAGACAAAUUAUUUUUGAUUUGAAUAAAAACAUGAUUAAGAAAA